UGACAGGCUCAGUGUGGGUGCAAUCUAACUCUUUAUCUUAGGGGGCAGUAGAGAGUAUUAAGCGUGUUAGUUGAUGAGAGUUUAAAAGAAAAGAAGAAAGACUGCUAAACCUCGUGAAGCGGGAACAGACAGCUCUCCAAAAUGGACUGGGGUCAGAAUGAGCUGCCAUCUCCGGUGGUGAGAGAUGAUGAGGUGACGGUCGCCGCCCGCAGGAGGAAGAAAGUAGCCUUCCCGUCACCCAGCGGCAGCCCCAUCGGCCCCUCGUUCACCCCGGCCCGCUCCUUGAGGAACACACCAGCUCCCCUGUUCCGACAGGCUGUCACUCCCAGAGUUCCAGACGUCUCCUCCAUUUUGGUUCCUGGCGCUCGGACGCUGCGAUACACACACACACCCCGACACAACACGAACUUGGAGGACAGCGAUUGGACCAACAGCUUGUAUACGUCCCCCGUCUCCGCAUUGGACAGCAGCAGCUUCUUCAGAGACGACGAGGCGAACCUGAGCUCAGCGCUGCUGAAGGAGGACGACCCAGGAGAGGCUGUGGCUGCCAGUCUUUUCCCAGAGUUCCUGGCCUCCUUCCUGAAGCACUCUUCUUCUGCUGUGUUUGAGCUGCUGGAGGAUUAUCAGAACAUCUGCCAGGAGAAGGUGAAUGUUCUGCAGUCUGUGGUUCUGCGAGCGGGUCAGAACAGUAAGACGGCGGGGGUCCGCUGGCUGCUGCAGCAGGAGAACUGCACCUGGAGGCUCAUCGCCUCUCUCUACAGAGAUCGGAUCCAGUUGGCGCUGGAAGAGGACAUGAUGAUCGACAUGGUCGUUCCCAGUGAAAGUGAGAAGGUUGUUGUGGAGCAACUUUUCCAGAGAGACGCCAUCGUGCGACAGAGCCAGCUGGUGGUUGAUUGGCUGGAGAGCAUCGCCAAGGAUCAGAUUGGAGAUUUUUCCGAUAAUAUUGAAUACUACGCCAAAAACGUCUGCUGGGAGAACACGCUUCACGCUCUGAAGAUGAGGAGCAAUAGUGCCUCCGACUUCCACGUUCCUCUGGUCACGGAGCUGGACCCAGACGCUCCCCUCCGGCAACAGCGCCCCCUGGCGGACCUGGACAGAGAAGACGAUGCCCGGCUGCUGAAGAACCUGUUCACUCUGAUCCGAGCGGGAAUGACGGAUGAGGCUCAGAGGCUUUGUAAACGCUGCGGUCAGGCCUGGAGAGCAGCAACGCUGGAGGGCUGGAAACUGUACCAUGACCCCAACAUGACCUCAGGAAACUCAGAGCUGCAGCCUGUUGAGGGAAACCCACAGCGAGGGAUCUGGAAGGCCUGCUGCUGGAGGAUGGCAGAGGAGGAGCAGCUGAACAGAUACGAACGGGCGAUCUACGCCAGCCUGAGUGGAAACAUCAAACCGAUUUUGGCCGUGUGCGAGACGUGGGAGGAUUGCGUUUGGGCGUACUUCCGGGUCAUGGUGGACUCGCUGGUGGAAAAGGAUCUGAUGUCAUCGGGCAUGACGCAUCAGGAGCUGGAGACACUACCGCGGGAAUAUCUGGAGGCCAACUGGACCAUGGAGAAAGUUUUCGAGGAGCUCCAGGCGUCAGAAUCUAAGCGAGUUCUGGAAGAGACCAGAGAACAUUUUCACGUCAUCCAAAAGUUUGUGAUUCUUGGCGAUCUGGACGGUCUGAUGGAGGAGUUUUCUGAUUGGCUCACAGCCUCUAAGCCCCUCCCUCUGCACCUGCUGCGCUUCAUGACUCACCUGGUGUUGUUUUUCCGCUCUCUUGGUUUGGCUUUAAAGGAGGAAGUGUGUGUGGACGUGCUGAAAUCGUACGUCUCCCUCCUGAUCCGGGACCAGCAGACCGACCUGGUGGCGAGUUACGUGGGUCAGCUUCCCGCGGCGCUGGCCACCAACCAGUACGCCGCCUUCCUGGAGACGGUCAGCCAGCCAGAGCAGCGCCCCCGCUGCCUGCAGCUGGCAACUGCAGCAGGUCUGGACGUUUCUGCGAUCACCCGGCUGGUGGUGGAGACGGUGCGGCGCAGAGACGACACAAGUUUUACGCAUCACAGCCAGACGCUGGAGACGGGAACGACUCAGGACGACCAGAAGAAGAUUGACGUCAUUGAUUGGCUGCUGUUUGACCCCGCCCACCGGGCCGAGGCGCUGAAGCAGUCCAACGCUAUCAUGAGGAACUUUCUGGCGCUGCAGAAACACGUCGCGGCCAAGGCCGUUUUCUCCAAGGUUCCCGAGGAUUCGAUGAGGGAGAUUUACUCACAGUGGACCGCCGUCGGUCAGACCGCUCCCCUUCCUGCGGAGGACGAGAACGCCAUCAGGGAGCACCUGUGCAUCCGAGCCUACCUGGAAGCCCAUGAGGCGUUCACUGACUGGUUCAGCCACAGCAGCUCCGCUCCACAGAGGCCGGCGUUGGCGCCAGAGGCCAAAUUCACAGAGAGAGUGGCCAAUGAGAUGAAAGAGAAGGAGUACCAGGCCUCCAGGACAGAGUGGUCGAGUCGCCUUGAUGUCCUGACUGAAGACGUGAAGGAGAGAAUCUACAACGUGUUGCUGUUCGUAGACGGAGGCUGGAUGGUCGACAACAGAGAGGAGUCUGAGUCAGAUGAGGAGCGCAGCCACCAGAUGGCGGCGUUGCGCUCCCUCUGUCUUCCCCGCCUCACCUUCCUGUUGCUCAGCGUGCUGCAGAGUUCCUCCAGGCACCAGGAGGCGCUGCGGCUCGCCGACAUCAUCUCAUCUGACCAGCAUAAACUUUACCAGGUUUUCUCUAAAGAGGAGCUGAGGAGGUUUCUCCAGAAGUUGCGGGACUCGUCGCUCGCUCUCCUGGAUCAGGGACUCGGCCCGCUGGGCUACGACCUUCAGCCGUGACCUCAGAGAUAAACCUCCACACAUUCAGAACAUUGUUUGAAUUCCUGGUCUCUUGUUUGUUUUCUAAAUUGUUUGUUUUUUGCAAAAAUAAAGCUUUUUCUCAUGAA